AGAAGCUACACUGCAGUGCACCCUUCUCCAUGCCCUUUUGCUUUCUUUAUAUAUCCAAUAAUAUUAAUAAUAAUAACUCCCUUUUCUCUCUUUCUUCUUUCUUACUUUAAUCUUUCUUGUUGAGAGACACACAGAGAGAGACAGAGAGCUCCUCAUCUCCUCCUUUCCUUUGUUUAUUCUUCUGGUUCUGGUCUUCCCCUCCCUCCUCUAGCUUUGCUUUAAUGGGCUUAUAAGAACGAACCAACUCCCUACGCACGAGUGGAUAUAUACAUGAACACACUAGCUCACAUACAGCUAGCAUAGCAUAGCUUACUUGAUUGAUUGUGCUUGUGCAUAUGGAGAAGGUGAACUUUGUGAAGAAUGGUGAGCUUAGAUUGCCUCCUGGAUUCCGUUUCCACCCGACUGAUGAGGAACUGGUUGUUCAAUACUUGAAGCGGAAGAUCUUCUCCUGCCCCUUGCCAGCCUCUAUCAUUCCUGAGGUUGAUCUUUGCAAGUCUGACCCUUGGGAUUUGCCAGGUGAUUCUGAGCGAGAGAGGUAUUUCUUCAGCAUGAAAGAGGCUAAAUAUCCGAAUGGGAAUCGAUCCAACAGAGCCACCAGCUCAGGUUACUGGAAGGCAACUGGGUUGGACAAACAGAUUUCAACUUCUAAAGGGAACCAAGUUGUGGGGAUGAAAAAGACUCUGGUUUUCUACACAGGCAAGCCACCUCAUGGAUCCAGAACUGAUUGGAUCAUGCACGAAUAUCGCCUCCUUACCAAUACCAAUACCACUACCACCCAGGGGCAUGUGCAGGUUCCCAUGGAAAAUUGGGUUCUGUGUCGCAUAUUUUUGAAAAGGAGAGGUGGUGUCAAAAACGGGGAAGAGGAACACUCUUUUAAUAACAUUAGUCUCAAGGCGGGCAAGGCGGGUAGGGUAGUUUUCUAUGACUUCUUGGCUCAGAACAAGAUUAAUCCUGCUUCCUCUUCUUCAUCCUCUGCCACCAGUGGAAUCACCGACAAUAAUGAAUCCGAUGAGAGCAGCACCUCCAAUAUUUUGACUAGAUGAAAAAAACCUUAACCUUAACUUGAAGCUUAAUUGCUUGUGAAUUGUAAUUUCCCUUUUGUAGUAGCACCUGCUCUUGUUAUUUUCGAUGGAUCGGAAUGAAUAUUGCUAGCUCAUCCAUCUCACAAAACAAAUGAAGCCUUUGCUUUGCCUCUUUCUUUAA